AUGCCCAACAAAGCAACCGCUCGCGUUCCAGCGAGCACCACAAACUUAGGUCCGGGUUUUGAUGUCCUUGGGCUUGCCCUACAACUCUAUAGCACGAUUUCGCUUGAAGAAAUUGGGGAUGGAACGGAGAUUGAAGUUGCCGGCGUUGAUGUAGACAAGCUCUCCAACAACGAGAGCAAUAUUGCUUACCGAGCCGCAAAUUUGGUUUUCGACAAGUGUGGGUAUAAGCCGAAAGGGCUACGAUUGGUUUUAACAAACGGCAUUCCCGCAAUUCGGGGAUUAGGUGGCAGUGGUACAGCAAUACUCGGUGGAUUGUUGACAGCAAAUGCCUUAUGCGAUAAUCCUUUUUCCCGCACUGAAUUGCUCGAUUUUGCCACGGAGUUUGAAGGGCAUCCGGAUAAUGUUGCCGCAUCACUGCUAGGUGGCUUGGUCAUAUCUAUGAUGCAGGGUAGCCACGUACACUCAAUUCAAUUGGAUUGCGAUUCAGAUCUGCGGGUUGUUGUGGCAAUCCCCGACUUUUCGUUGUCAACCAAAGUAGCCCGCGGUGUCUUGCCCCAAACAGUCGAUUUCGCUGAUGCGAUCCACAAUGUGAGCCGUUCUUCGAUGCUAGUCGCAGCAAUUGCAACAGGCAAACUCGAAAUGUUAUCGCUUGCCAUGGCAGAUCGACUCCAUCAACCGUACCGAACUUCUCUCAUCCCCGGAUUUGAUGAUGUAGCUGAAUCAGCGAUGCGUGCAGGCGCAUUAAGUGUGGCUCUGAGCGGAGCGGGUCCAAGCAUUGCAGCCUACUGUACAACGUCAACGGACGAAAUCGGCUCGCAAAUGAGCCAAGCGUUUCAGCGAAAUCAGAUUUCUUGCGAUAUCAAGGUUCUACCCAUCGAUUCCGCCGGCGCAACUGUGCAGAUGAAUGGAAUCUAA